CGUAACAGGCGGAUGUAGUGGUGUGGAGGAGGAAGCAAGAUGGCUCAGCAUGCUUUCAAGCUUCCAAUCACUUCGCGCUUUUGGAGUGACAGUGCCUCGAGUCUCUUCUUCUUACCCAAAUUCAACACUUCGCAUUUUCCUGGGAGUGGGGUUGGAGGAAAAAUGCGCUGUCCCUGUAGAAGCUUCGCUAUUGCUAGGUCUGGAAAGAUUCAAUUACCCAAGAAGAAGAAAAGGCUGGAUGAAGUGUGUCUUGAAAGGUUUCAGCAAUAUAGCAGAACCUUCAUACAGUCAUGGAUAUUACAAGGCAAAGUAUUUGUGGAUGGGAAGGUGGUGAACAAGGCUGGAACACCUGUAUCUAAUAAAGCUGUUGUGGAGAUAAUGGCUGAAAUUCCAAAAUAUGUAUGUAGAGCAGGAUAUAAAUUGGAAGCUGCCAUUGAACAGCUAGGUGUUAAUGUGGUUGGUAAAGUAGCUCUGGAUUCAGGAUUAUCUACUGGAGGAUUUACAGACUGCUUGCUUCAGUUUGGUGCAUCAUUUGUUUAUGGUGUGGAUGUCGGUUAUGGGCAGGUGGCUGAUAAAAUUCGACUAGAUGAGCGUGUCUCUGUAAUAGAACGGACAAAUUUGAGAUAUUUAUCUGGACUCCCUCAAAAAGUUGAUUUGGUUACUCUGGACCUUUCAUUCAUAUCCAUUCUUACGGUGAUGCCUGCGGUAGUUAGUGCAAUGAAGGAGGAGGCAACAUUAGUUACUCUAGUGAAACCCCAAUUUGAAGCUCGCAGAUCACAGGUAGGAGGUGGCGGCAUUGUAAGAGAUCCCAAAGUCCAUGAAGAGGUCCUUGAGAGGAUCAUAAAGGGUGUCGAACAUUUUGGAUUCCAAAACAAAGGGUGGAUCGAGUCUCCUUUGAAGGGCGCUGAGGGUAAUACAGAGUUUUUAGUUCACUUUACCCGAACGGCUGUUGACACCACAGAAUAACUUGCCGUGGAUGAAACGAACGAGCAUGCACGGAUUUUAUCAUAGUGUGGGGAAGAAAGCAACAAUGAGGAUGGGUAAAGACGAAACCUGUGUUUCUAGUACAUUACUUCAUAUGCCAAUUUUCACUUUGUAAUAAUGUAAAAUAGUCUAUUGAUUUCGGGAUUUCAAGAAUCCAGAGUUAUACGUGUGAACCUCAGUUUUCUUCUCGUACAAGUUACAACACAACAGUUUUUGAGCA